AUGUGGUCGCAAAGGCUACUCGAUGGAAGUCGCUCCUCAUCAAAAUUUCUCCUACUGCCUUUUCUCUUGCGUGACGGGGCUGCGGACGAACUACUUUCAAAUAUUCUUCAACUUCUCUCGCUUCACUCUUCUCUAAAGACUGCUUGUACUCCUCCCCUCUUAGUUUAGCUUCCAACAAAUAUUCUUCCAGCUGUCCGAUUUGUUCACCAUACCUCACACGCGCUGAUCCAGAAAAGAAUGCAACCAUGUC